AUGAGCAAAUUUGACAAAAUUAUUAUGUAUCUCGUGACCGCAAUAGUUACACAACGUGCUAAUGGAGGUCCGGCUUGUUACCAUUGCUCUGACUGCAUCCAACCGUUUUAUUACUACGGCAAGAUGUGCCCCCGAUAUAAUGCCUUGUGUGGAGUUAGUUACUAUUCCAGAGAUGGCUGGGCAUCUAUAGAGGCCGACAGAUACUGCGUUCCUGAAUAUUUUCCGCUGGGAUGUUUCGUACCGAUCUCGAACAACCGAAUAAUUAUGUGCACAUGUCGUGGAAUCGACUGCAAUGCAGGCAACAUGCUGAUGGUCAAACAAGUUCCAUUCAAGAAUUCUAAACCUGAUUUCUAUUCCAUACCUAGAAAGGAUUUAAUAGAAACUGUCCUUGAGGACAACCGAAAAACUUUAAUUUACACGCAAGAGCAGUUGAAGUUGAAUGCCCAGGAGGUGAGAAACAAGAUAGGAGGAAGUAGAACAGCGACAAAAAAUAUAAAAACAAAUAAUAAAAAUAAUAAUAACAAUAAAAAUAUUAAUAAAAAUUGUACUAGAGAUAGCACUGAAAAACGUAACGAUACCAUUGCUGGUUGCAAAUAA